CACUUCAAUUCCCCUCGUUCUCAGAUAACCAUGAGGUUUCUCACCCUUCUUCUCAGCUCGGUGCCCCUCGUAUUGGCUCACGGUGACCAUGACCAUGACCAAACUCCAAUCUCUGGUCCACUCCAAGAUUUGUGGUACAAUACACUCCCCGGUGAUGGCGGGACUCAGGCCGAUUCGGUGUUCUCUGGGAUAUCGACUUUCGGUCGCAUCAAGUACCAUCCAUGUCUUUCGAGCCAACAGGUGCCAUUCGACAUAGCAUUCAUCGGCGCUCCAUUCGAUACUGGAACUUCAUAUCGCCCUGGGGCCCGCUUUGGACCCAGUGGGAUCCGGCAAGGUUCGCGCCGACUCAAUCUCUAUGGCGGCUAUAAUGUGCCUUUGGAUGCGAAUCCUUUCAAUUCUUGGGCUAAGAUCCUAGACUGUGGAGAUAUACCAGUCACUUCAUAUGACAAUGCAUAUGCUCUCAAACAAAUCGAGGAAGGACAUAACUUGCUUCUGUCUCGAAAACCCGCAACGAACGCUUUGACUCGGGGAUAUUCCAAGAAGGGCCGAACACUACCUCGUUUGAUAACGCUUGGGGGUGAUCACACAAUCACCCUUCCUCUGUUGCGUUCAGUCAACCGCGAGUAUGGACCUGUGAGCGUCAUUCAUUUCGAUUCUCACCUUGAUACCUGGAGGCCCAAAGUCUUUGGUGGGUCUCCCAGUGAGCAAGCCAGUAUAAACCAUGGCACGUACUUCUUCCAUGCUUCGCAAGAAGGGCUGCUAGCCAAUGACUCCAACAUUCAUGCUGGUAUCCGUACGACGCUUUCUGGACCGUCCGACUACGAGAACGAUGGGUAUUGUGGUUUCGAGAUUGUGGAAGCAAGGGAGAUCGACAAGAUUGGCACGGAUGGCAUAAUUAAGAAAAUCAGGGACAGAAUCGGUACAGAGAGGCCAGUAUAUCUUAGCAUUGACAUCGACACGCUCGAUCCGGCCUUCGCGCCGGCAACAGGCACUCCAGAAACAGGAGGAUGGACUACGCGAGAACUGAGGACUAUCGUCCGCGGUCUGGAAGGAAUGAAUUUCAUUGCUGCCGAUAUCGUUGAGGUUGCACCGGCCUACGAUACGAAUGCCGAGUUGACUACCAUGGCAGCGGCUGACGUCCUCUACGAGGUGAUGACGCUUAUGGUCAAGAAGGGACCGUUAAGCUUAAAGGAAGAUGAAGAGGUAAUAGAGCUCAAAGCAUGAUGAAUGGCGUGAAUGAAUGCACGAGGCAGCAAUAUGGAAUUUCGGCAGUUUGAGAUGAUGUGACUGAAUGGCGGAACGGUAAAAGUCAGAUAGUAGAUAAAGAAUGGAAUAUUUCGAUGAACAUU